GUUAGAGAGACAUUCUGGCAAACUAUAUAAUGAUGUGUUGCAUCAAUUUCGAUAAAAACUCAAUUUUCAUUAUUUUUAUUGCAACAUUGACAAUUUUUCUUCACAUUAACAUUCAAUAACAUGACGUUAUAAACAUUUAAGCAACCAGAAAUUAAAUUCAAGAAAAUACUAUCACGCCUUUUGCUGCUGCGCAGCCAUGGGCUAUGGCCAAAAAUAGAUUCAAGGACUAAAUUCUGCAAUUCCAUUGGACGCUUAAAUACAUCAUUUUCUAAAAAUAGUAAAAAGUAUUGCACCAUAAACCAGCUACGUCGACCAGCAGUCAACAUUAUAGGAGAGUAGGGUUAACAUCACGAGAAAGGUAAAUAUUAAUUUAGGAUCUGUUUUAUUUAAAUUUGCUACUUAAUAUUCUUGUUUACGUAAUAACCUUUUAUGUUAUAACAAAUAAUUAGUAUAAAUGAUUUAUUAAUGUAUCUAGUAAGUAGUAUACUUUUUUCUUCUUAAUUUACGAAGGAACGGAAGGGUAGUACGAACGCCAGCGAGUGCCGUGGCUACAUUUAGUUUCACAAAGCAACAGUCAAGCGAUAUCCUGGAUUAUACUAUUAAAGAACAGCAAGGAUCAGUGUUUUCAAACACAUAUAAUCUUAAGGCCACGGCUACAGCAGAGGCAUCUACUGGGAUUUAUAAAAGACCCACAAACAUGGAGGACGAGCUGAGCUUUUACGGUAGUGGAUCAUCAAUGAUCCCACAAUCCUUAGAUGAGCUAGUUGAUUUGCUGGAUAUCAAGGUGGGCUCUGCUGGAACGGCAGGCUCCCAUGAUAUCCAGCACUUCCGUACGUUCGCCUCAGAAGACGAGUGGCCUAUUUGACACAGGUUAGCACUUUUUUUUGGUACCUAAAUUAACUUUAAUAGGUUGAUUAUUCCUACCGCGCUUUUACUAUGUUUUUUGUUUGUUGAUAUCCAAUGGGCGUGUUCCCUGACACAGUUGUCGUGACACGUGACAUAUUUGGAUCAAUCGGAAAUACUUUAUUUUUAGAAAAUUACGACGGGAUGUUAUAUUUAGAAGCUUAACAGCUGAAGUUUUUCUAGUGUUGGGAUUUCACCAUUACUUGAAAUGGUUAACCAACUCCAUUUAUCUUCAUAUUAAAAUAGCCCGGUGGGAUCGCCGGUUAUGAUAGUCAAAUAACAAAUGUGGAGCAGAUUUUAUGAUUAUAAAUUUCAUGUAUAAAAGCCUUAGUACGGGUAUACAUUAUACAGCAUAUUAUAUUAUAUAAAUUUAAUAAUAUUUUGAUUAUGAUUAUACUUGACUUGUACUUACAAGUUAAUAAAAUAGUUAGGCCUAUCUUAUACUAGCCUUUAAUCUAGGUAUAGUAUAGUGUAUAGUAUAGUAAUAGUCUUUAAUAGUAUAUAGUUACUUAUUUAACUUUCAUUUACUUUUUAAGUUCACCAAAAAAAAAAGUUUAAAACUCAUUUACAAUGUGUCUUUUCCAACAUGUUAAUCAUUAGGCCUUAAAAUAUUUAGGCAUAAGAUACUUAUGUUAACUUAUAAUAAUAUUAUUAUUGUAACUGUAAAGAAUUGGUCUAAUAAAUUUAAUUGAAAAGGACUGCUGCCUCUGUCUCUAUACCUAUUAUUAUUAGUAUUGUAUGAUAUUAUUAUAUGGAUAUGAUAAAAAGGUGAUAAACAUAAACUUGGGCUUUGGUUUUUGAGAUAUUUAUUACAAAUUCAUAAUAAUUGAUGAUACUUUUCAUACUAACUAACUACAGACCAGUUAUUACUGUUGACUUGGCAAUAUCCUGACAGUGUACCAAAGUAACAGUAAUUUAAUAUCUAAAGCAAUGCUUUAAUGCCACUACUUGUGCUUAAGUUUAAGCCUUCAUGCUUGAGUGUCCAACAUUCAGUGCAAAUUUUCUUUUAUAGUUGUUUGAGACUUAAGUUUUUAUUUGGUCAUAAUUGAAAAUAUAAAACCUUAAGCCCACUGGUCAACCUAUUAUUAAUAGUACGGUACCAGUAUUAAUUUAAAUGUUUUAUCUUUUGUACACAGGCUUUGCUGGUGAUGCACUUGAUGUCACCAGCCUGGAUAUAAAUGCUCCUUCUGACAUCGACAAUCCAUUUUCUCCUAAAGAUCGGUUUCAACCUGCUAAUAUCUUUUAUAGCAUUGAUGACAGUGAUGCCUUGUCAUCAUCUAAAAUGGACUUUUCUUCCUCCGACCUGAUGGAAACCUGGGACUUUUUGGACCCUCUUGCAGACCUUGAGACCGAUCAACUGGCAGAUGACAGUCUGGAUGCAUUUGUCAACUUGGAUAAAUAUCUUGAUGGGGUAAGUCCAACACACAGGCUUGUUCAAAAUGUAAUUGAAGUGAAUAUUCAUUAUCUUUUAUAGUGUGGUUGAUCUAGAUGAAACUUUCCUUUAUUGAAAUAGUGUCUUGUAUAUUUGGUGAUAUGUAAACAACAAAAAUAAUAUUAAACUUAAGAGACUAAGAAAAUAUAAUAUAAACAUUCUUCUUUUUUUUUAUUAUUCCAUGUUACUAUUUUUAGUACCGGUACAUUUGUAACUUAAAUGCUUUAUAUUAAUUUUAACUUUAUAUACAAUUUUAAUGUAAUGCAUUCUUUUUUUUUUUAAGGAGCAAUUCUUAGAUGAAACUGUUCAGCCUUUGAUUGAUAUCCCUGUAACUGGGAUGAAACUCUUAGAAGACCUUGAAUUGGCACCCAACUCUUCUAAAAUUACAUUGGAAGCUUCAGAGGUACCUGCUGUCGCACUUCCUAAAAGCAGAAAGCGUAAAUUAACAAAACCGUCUACUAUUAAUACAGUGACUAGCUUGUUUGAAAUUCAGGUUUCACCAUCCGUUGUCAUGACUACCACCUCAGACCAUGAUUAUACAACCAAAUGUAAAAAGAUCUCAUUGGAAAGUAAGCCCACAAGCCAACCAUGUGAUGAUAACAGUGCACUGAAGUUAACAGACACGAUUGAGUACACAAUGGAUGCUAAUGUGGUGGGUGAUAAACAAGCUGUGCGCAGGAUGAAGAAUAAUGUAGCAUCUAAAAGGGCAAGAGAACAAAGAAAGCAGAAAUUUGCUGAUAUGGACCAGGAAGCUGAACAGUUGAUAGCUGCUAAUGAAGUUUUGAGGCAGAAAAUUGUAGAACUUGAAAAAAUGGCACAAGAAAUGAAAGCUCAGUUGGUUGCCAAAAUGUCAGGAAAGUGAACAUUUUGGCAUUAGGAAAUUUAAUGAAUUCUGUUCAGCAAUGCACAUUGAUCAAUUCUCUACCACAGUUACCAUACCUAACGCUAAUGACAUUUGGCAUAUUGACAGUUGGAAAUAUAUAUAUGAGGUCCAAAAUAAAAUCAAAGUGUGCAUUUGUGAUAAAGAACUUAUUUUCCCCUUAAAAGCAUCAUUUAUUUUGAUUACAUUCUUAUGGUGAGAUAUGGCAGUUUAUGUUGUGUUAUAACAUUGAUUUUGAAAGAAAGACUCAUUUGUUUGCUCCAUGUGUUAUAAGCUGUAUAAUAUUGUAAAAACAAAAUCAUUUUGUAACAAAUAUUUUAGUAAUGUCUGUUUUAUGUACCAGUACUUACAAACACUCGCAUUCAGAUUAUAUGGUAUAAUUUUGUUACUUAGACCAUAUGGCAUCUACCUUACUAACAAUAUUUGUUCAGGGGUUAUUCAUCGACGUAGGAAAGUGUUUGCUAUCACAGACAAAUUCACUUUCUUAGUGAUCUGUGUCAUAAUCAAUCAUAUAUUCACUUUACAUUUAAUUAUUUUACAUUUGAAUUAACCACCAUUUUUUUGUUCUGGUUCCAACUUGCUAAAUUAGAUUGCAUGCUUGUAUGACUUUGAUCAUUUGAAUAGUGUUGCCAUACUCACAAGAAGAAUGGAAUUUCAACAAGUCUUGGGGAAGGGAAGGGGCUGUCAUUUUUACAAACAAAAACUACAGUUACUGUACUAAAAUGAUUCCAUCACUUAGAUGGAAUUUGUCAAUUUUCUAGGGAAAGAACAUUAGUUCUGCUUUAUGAAAUGAACAGAAGAAUAGGGAAUAGUAUUUUUUGCCUUUUUUCUGAAUUCACAAUACUUUUUUUUAUACUUGUGGUUUGUUUCACAUCUGUUUUAGGUCACUAUUUUUUAUUUAGGGAAACUAUAUCAUUAAGAUAAUAUUUAUAAUUUAUACACUAAAUCAGGCUGUGACCUAUUUUUUCAUUCAGAAAUGAACUAUAAGUAAUGAAAACACACAAUUACAAAAAAUGUUCAUUAAAGGUGAAAGAAACAUGCCCUUGUUUGUUUUUAACUAUCAUGCCCUUGUUUGUUUUUUCAAUGAGUUUGAAAAAUCAGUAUGUUUGCUUGAGACACCUUUAAUUAAGAGUAUUAGUAUUAUAAAAAUUCAAAGAAACUAAUGACUUUAUGUUAGAGUUUAAGUUAAAAGUGCUGCUGAGUUUCUAUAGAAAACUGAGAGUUUGCCAUAAUUCUUACGUGGCCUCUGGAUAUGUAGAUUGAUAAAGAGAAAAAGUUUAAGCCUAAUAUUUUAAAUUAUUAGAUCAGAUCCAUUGAUCAUUGAUGGCAUUAUUUCUAGCACUAACUCUAACCCAAAACAACUUAAAUGUAAUGAUGAUUUUUUUUUUAAAUAAACAGUAGCUGUAACUGUAACAGGAUGAAAAGUUUACCACUUUCAUCUAUCUGCUUUUAUCUAAGGGAAAUGAAGAAAUACUGGUAUGUCUCAUUGACUUAGUGUUAAAUUACAGUACUAAAAUUAAAUGAUUAGUGAUUGAAAGUUUAAAUAAAACAGGAUCAAACAACCAAGCUGUAAGUAAAUUUAUUGUGGGAAGGGUUAUGUUUUCCAAAGGCACAUAAAACUUGGAGCCAUGAAUUUGUUUUGGGAAGGGGGGGGGUGGGUUUGGAUGGUAAUGUAAAUGAUAAAAUACAGAAAUCUGGUAAUGACUUAAUUGUUUUAUUAAAAUUUCCAUUACAUUUUUUAAUUAAAUUUCCAUUAAAUUUUGUACAUUAAGUCAAAAAAAGUUAACAAAAUAAAUUAGCUUUGAGCCC